GCACUGGAGAGCGCAGCGCUUCUUGCGCCCCCAGCAGUCUCUCCCCGGGACAACACUUGGCUGUGAACCUGUCCCGCCUGCCUCACAUAUCGCAGACAAGCUGCUGCUCCUGCGGCGGCGUUCCUCCAACACUCCAACCGACGACUCGGUGGUUUCGUUAUGGACGUGCAGACUCUGAGCGAAGCAGCGCGCCGCAUUCCCCAAAUGGCGGAGUGAGUGAGGAUGCGAUUCCCCAGUUCCAUCUUUGUGUCGGUGUCUCUGUUCACGGCCGAGACCACGGCAGCGCUGUACCUCAGCUCCACGUACCGCUCCGCCGGAGACCAGAUCUGGCAGGGGCUCACACUCCUCUUCACGCUCGUACCGUCCGUGCUCGUGCAGCUCACCCUCACCUUCAUCCACCGGGACCUGAGCAGAGACAGACCGCUCAUUCUGCUGUUGCACAUCUUGCAGCUCGGUCCCAUCGUCAGGUGUCUGGAGGCCUUCUGCAUCUACGGCAGCGUGGGCCGCGUGGAGGAGCCUUAUGUCAGCAUCACGAGAAAGAAGCAGAUGCCCCGCAGGGGUCAGGCAGAGGAGGUGGAGCGGCAGGUUGGGCAGGCAGAGGGGAAACUGUUUACGCACCGAGCGGCCUUUGCCCGCACCUCUGUCAUUCAGGCCUUCCUGGGAUCAGCCCCCCAGCUCACGCUGCAGCUCUACAUCUGCGUCCUGCAACAAGGGGUGUCCAUCGGAAGAGGCACACUGAUGGUGAUCUCCCUCCUGUCCAUUGUGUAUGGAGCCCUGCGCUGCAACAUAUUGGCCAUCAAGAUCAAAUAUGAUGACUAUGAAGUGGACGUCCGGCCUAUGGCUUAUGUUUGCAUAUUCCUGUGGCGAAGCUUUGAGAUCGCCACUCGCGUUGUGGUUUUGGUCCUGUUCAGUUCGGUGCUCCAGCUUUGGAUCCUGCCCGUGGUUCUGCUGAACUUCCUCGUUUUCUUCCUCUACCCCUGGAUCCUGUUCUGGCAGAGCCACUCCCCUUUCCCUGAGAAUAUAGAAAAAACUCUGACCAGAGUGGGAACCACCAUCGUGCUUUGCAUGCUCACGUUCCUCUACGCUGGCAUCAACAUGUUCUGCUGGUCUGCCGUGCAGGUGAAACUCAGUGACCCAGACCUCAUCAACAAGUCCCAGAACUGGUAUCGCAUGGCCGUGUACUACAUGUUGCGUUUUGUGGAAAAUGCCUCGCUGCUCUUGCUCUGGUACAUCUAUAAAACAGACAUCUACAAGUUCAUCUGUGCCCCGCUGCUGGUGCUGCAGCUGCUGGUAGCCUACGCCAUCGCCAUCUUUUUCAUGCUGGUCUUCUACCAAUUCUGCCACCCAUGUCGGAGGCUCUUCUCCUCCAGCAUGACCCAGGGCCUUUGGGAUUGCUCCUCACUUCUCUGCCUGAUGUGCAGCUCUGGCUCUCCACAGAACCGGCCCAUGAUGAAGGAGGCCCCGACCCCAUCUGCGCCAAAAGAGCCAGCCACACAGCGGCCCCACGACACAGCCAGCGACAGCACAGACGACAUGCCUAACGACACGACGUAUGACAUGCUCAAUGACACCACCUUCGACACGCCGAACGAAAUGGACAGCAACAUAGGAGGUGGAAUAAAUGGCGACAUUAGACACGGUGUACCCUGCACCGUUUAACGCAUCAGAAUUAUUCUUACGUGCCAUUAAGAGGACAUUAUCUAACCUUCUUUAAUCUUUUUAAGUGCCACAUGGAUCCCUCAUACAUCCAUUGCAAUUCUACAUGAAGCAAAUGUGUCCUUAACGUGAGAGCUAUCCUUGCUGUAAACGCGCAGCCUGUCUUAUCAGACUACAUGCCAACAAUUCAUCCUGCAGCCUUUAAAACCAAGAAAAAACCCACAGGCACCAUCACCUCACUCUCUUCUUUAGGUUCGGAGACCGUGUCCACGUAUAUGCUGCAUUUACUGAUCACAAGGAGCCAAUGCAUUUGAAGUGAUUGUAUUUAGUGUCUCUUUGGCAUGGAGGCGUGCAUGUGUGGAGCCUCAGACGAGGUGUAACUGGUUACUCUGCAGAGGAGGGGGAGAGCCGGCCCCGUGCUAGUUUUUUUGGCCACAAUUAUGCUUUUGUACUCCUUAAUAAGAGCUUUAAGAUUAAUACGCGCUGCUUUCGUGAUGUGCUCGUGUUUGAUGAUGAGAUGUUAAUCGCCACACGUUGUAAAAGAGCCUGUUCCAUCGCCAGACAUACUGUUACUGUAAAGCACGGACAUUCCCAAUGGCUUUUGCACGUUUACACAAAAAAAGAAAGGACUUUGGUGGUUUGGUUCAUUUUUUGAGCAGCAGCAGCUGUAGUGAUGUGCUUUGUUUGGAUGUAUUUGCAUUUUCCUUUUCUUAUUUUCGCCUAUUAUGUCUGUCAACUGUGUUUCUGUCUGUCUGUCUCUUUAGUUGGAAAAUUUACACUGAGUGCACGCGAAACAUUUACUGUAUCUAACUGAAAAAGAGUCUGUGUUUUGAACUGUUAAAAGUAUUUAUUCUUAUUUCAACCUUUAAUGUACUAAGAAAGCAAGAGAUAGAGAGAGAAUGUGAUUGUGGUUGUUUUUGCACUAACUACUUUUUGCAACGUGUCUGCAGAGAGAUGAUGACCUCGGGAAUCACAUGAAUGCUUCUUAUGUUUGUACAAAUAAGAAAAGCACUGUUUAAGCCAAAAAAAAUUAAUAUACACAUCAAACAUACAGAGACACAAAAGGAGGCACUGAAAAUAUGAAGUCGUACUUUAAAAAAAAAAAGAAAUUAAAUUUAUAUUUAUAUGUGAAUAUUGUCUUGCAUUAUUUUGAUCUGUCACGCAAUGUGAAUCUGUGCUGACCUCUAGUGGUUGAUCAGUGAAACUGCCUGUUUUAGCAAAUCCUCGUUUGCAGAUGACUAGUGAAUUUUGCUCUAUCCUGACUUACUGAAGUGACCUGGGAGGGAUCUGUGUGGCUAGUGGGAUGCUCUAAAUGCAAAUUAAAGGCACCCACUGUUUACUUAAUUAUCUACUUUAGCAAAGGUGCAUUGGCACACCCUUUAUAAAAGACUUCUUUUCAGUGGGUUGGAGGUGGACACAGAGAAAAUCAGGAUAUUUAAUCAGAAAUAAAAAUAAAUUUGACGUAAA